UCCGUUAACCCUCUCAGCCAAAACGCUAUCCUCACCAACCCACCUUCUUUGUCUCCCUCAAAGUCUUUCCCUGUAAAACCUCUCCACAAAAAGCACAAACAGAGAGUGACAAAGAGGAGAGAGAGAGAGGCCAUGGAGAGGCUUCUAUACUCUUCUUCUCCAACUUCUAUCAAACUCAACCUCAAACCCUGUCCCUUUCUUCCUAGACUCGGGCGAAUCGACUCCCCUAAACUCGGCUUCCUCCCUUUUCCACGCCUUGAGUCCAGGCGAGUCAACUCAGUCUCCUGCAAACAUGAGAACCCAUCUAGGCCUUCUGCUAAACUUCCAUCUCUUCCUUCUCUCCGGGCUUAUUCUCCAAUUGAGUCGAUGCCAAAAUCUCAUUCUCCCAAACAGAUCGCAAAUGGAGCUCCUAUACAACCAAAGGCAGUUAAUCUUGGGACGUUUGUAGUAAUCUCAGCUGCCAUCAUGUUCUUAAUCCAUCCAAUUUUUGCUUCACCAGCAUUUGCAACCUUCCAAACUGCUGCCAAGACUGGGGGUCCUGCUGCUGCUGCUGCAGUUGGCGCAAAAUUGAUGCGUACUGAAUUGUUAUCUAGUGCUUGGACUGGUUUCCUUGCCGGUUGUUUACAUACACUAUCAGGGCCAGACCACCUUGCGGCCUUGGCUCCACUCUCAAUUGGUCGUUCACGAAUGGAAAGCGCUGUUGUUGGAGCUCUUUGGGGCUGUGGCCAUGAUGCUGGUCAGGUAAUAUUUGGCUUGUUGUUUUUAUUGUUGAAGGAUCGGCUCCACAUUGAGGUUAUCAGAACUUGGGGCACGAGGGUAGUUGGAUUUACACUACUAGUUAUAGGUGCUAUGGGAAUUAGGGAAGCUUCAGAAGUCCCAACCCCAUGUGUUGCCCUUGAAAAUGGUGAGUGUGAUGUUAGUGUUUAUGAAGCACUACAGAGCCCGACAGUGGGAAAGAAGAAGAUUGGUUUUGCGACUUUUGCCACUGGGAUUGUCCAUGGGUUGCAACCAGAUGCAUUGAUGAUGGUCUUACCUGCACUUGCAUUACCUUCGCGGUUGGCUGGUGCUGCAUUUCUUAUAAUGUUCCUCCUUGGGACUGUUGUCGCAAUGGGAAGCUAUACAGUAUUUAUAGGCUCAUGUAGUCAGGCGUUAAAGGAUCGGGUACCUCGAAUUACUGAGAAACUUACUUGGAUUUCUUCUCUCGUAGCAAUUGCUCUAGGCCUGGCCAUUAUCAUUAGCCAGUUUUUCGGAUUUAGCUUGUAUUGAUCCAUCUAACACGACAUCAAGAUUCACAUUUGCAAGCCAGCAUUUUAGUGUUAGAGAAAGAUCUUUAGAAACAAAUAGUCAAAUUUAUUUCCCAUAAAAAAACAUCUGCGCAGCAUCUUAUCUCCGUAAGAGUCAUCUUUACUUCCUUUUUUCUCUCUCGCUUCUGAAGAUUGUAAUUUUUGAUAUAAAAGUGAAACUUGUCUUUUUAGAAGUCAGUAAUCCGUUCUUGGUAGAAUUUAAGUCGAACACUUUGCUAUUACUCAUAUGCCAGAACUUAAAUUAUUUGAUGCAUAUACUUUUCUAGUA